CUCUUACCAGUCGGUCGUGGCGACCGAGUGAAAUCACAACUACAAACAAGCAACACCAACAGCUAAUAAAACAAAAAGUUCACGCAGUUCCGUAAUAGUGCACGUCGGUUAAACUGGAGCGGUACAUCAACGCAGCCAUGGAGAAGGAGCAGCCCGAAUCUCUGGCAACCGUCACCAUCAAACCGGAAUACCCACCGUCCGAGGUUUAUUCCUCCGAACCGCCACCAGCCUACAUGAAACCGAAGAGCACAGCAGUCCAAAUCACCAAGAUAGUAGCUGUGACCGUAGUUCUCAGCUCCGUGGUACUGGGCAGUUUCCUGCUAGCUUCUGCCUACGUAACGGCCAACGCGACCUGCAGGCAGCUGGAACAGGAAUUGGAAUUGUUGAGCGAAGCCGCAGACAGGUUCCAACAACAAUCCCAACAACCCCUUCAACCUGAGGCAUUGGUACAGGAACAUCCACUUUCCAAAUCCACCGCCGAACCACUCCAAACCGAGGAGACCAAGAACACGGCUAAAGAAAUCGACAACAACCGCAUCGACGACAGUUCCGACAGCUCCGACAGCUCGGACAGUUCCGACGAUUCGGACAGCUCCAGCGAAUCCGACGAAGAUGACAGGACUCCGAUCCACUUCAAACUUCCCCUCCAAUUGGACUUCGACGAUUUGGCUGGCGCCUUGAUCGAAAAGAACCAAAAAUCGAGGAUGAACUGCGUCGUCGAAAAGAAACGCGCCGAAGAGGUGGUCGACCAUCAGCCGAAAACCGUGAGGUUGCCCUUCGGAGUUAACCUGACCACCGAUCCCAGAUACGAACGUGUCAGCGGUGAACGCAUGGCCAUCUUCUGCGAGAGCGGCAACUUCCAAAGAGCUCAACCACAACCGCAACAACCCCAACAACCUGAGGAUGACGACGAACAGGACACCAUCAUGAUUCAACCGGUGAUGAUCCCAAUUCCUCAUAGUCACUUCCCCACCCACAUGCCUCAACAGAUGCAACCAAUCGCCCCACAACAGCAACAACAACCACAACAACCUCAGAUGCAAAUUAUCCACCCGAUGGAACAAAUGAGACCACCAAUGCCACCGAUGAUGCAACCAAUCCCACAACAAGUGCAACAAGCUCAAAGCCAAAUGCCACCAAACCCAAUCAUUCAACACAUCAUCCAGCAAAUCAUCGCCCAAAAGAUCAUGGAAAGCCAGAGGGCCCAGGAGGAGAUGCAACAAAGGGGACAAGAUGAGGAAUCCAGGCCCGAAAUGGAACCACGCGUGCCACAACGUGUACAAGUACCGGAAGGUAUGGUCGGUAGGCUUCCAAUUCCCGAAGAGGUUCUGACCCAACUGAACAGACUGCCGAACCGCGAGGGAAUCGUCGUCGUAUCCGAACAGGAACCGGAAGAGAACCCACAGGAGGUGCACAUGGUCCAACACCAGAGGACCAGCCCUGAUGAGAUGAACGGCAGACAAACCUACGCCAGAGGAUUGCCCGUCAACAUUCCCGUACCGAUGAUGCAACAGGAACAGCAAGACGCGCAGGAACAACAGGCCUCCGCCUCCGAGGAAUCGAGACCACACUUCCUUCAGCCAAGGUCCGUCAGAUCCGUUGAUGCCGUCCUCGGCAAGAGCCAGAAGAGAGUGAAGCGUUGCUCCUGUGACUGCGCCUGUUAAAUCUGACGGGAGGAGUUCGAUGCAGUACGAAUAAAUCUGUACUUAAUUAUAAAACUCAAUAUAUUAAAAUAGGUAUACAUAUUCUCUAAUAAACCUAGUACUAACUGUAUGUAAAUAUAAAUAUUGGCUAUAGUGUUUUACUUAUAGUUGACAUACCCUGCAGGCAGCUAUUUGUUAUUUGUAGUGUUGAGUGUAAAUAGAUUGUAGCCUAUGGAUUUAUUUCGGCAGUUUUUCCAAUUGUGAUAGAUUUGAUUUUGUAUAAUACAAAAAUCUAAAUAAACUAAAUUUUAUUUUUUAGAA